AAAAUAAUAAUAAUAAUAAUAACAAUAAUAAUAAUAACCUAUCCUUCUGUAUGUAUCAAUGAUGAAAACACGAAAUUUGCGCUCUGAACAAACUCAGUAAAACUUGUAGGGGAAAAAAUGGGAACUAAACAUGGGUUUGUGGAAAUUUCCAGGAGAGAGAUUGGUUUAUCUCGGCCCAGAUGCUUCACUCGCCGAUUCUCUGCCUCCGAGGUUCUUGUAGAGAGGUUAGAUCUGUAUGGGAAGUUAAAUGGUCAUAAAGGUUGUGUAAACACUGUAGAAUUCAACUCCACUGGUGAACUUCUUGUGUCAGGUUCUGAUGACAAACAAGUUAUAUUAUGGGACUGGGCAACUAAAACAAGAAGGUUAUUAUAUCCUUCUGGCCACUAUGACAACAUUUUUCAGGCUAGAAUUAUGCCUUUCACUGAUGAUCGGAAAAUAGUAACUUCUGCUGCUGAUGGUCAGGUAAGGUUGGGCCAGAUUUUGGAGGAUGGUCAGAUUGAUACAAAAAUGUUGGGAAGGCACCAAGGCCAUGUGUACAAGCUUGCUCCGGAGCCAGGGAGUCCUCACAUACUUUACAGUUGUGGUGAAGAUGGUUUUGUUCAACAUUUUGAUCUUCGAAGUAGAAUUGCUACAAAGCUUCUUUGUUGCACCUCAUUGUCAGCAAAGAAUGAGCAGGUUCAAAAUAGCAUAAGGUUGAAUGCCAUUGUUAUUGACCCAACAAAUCCAAAUUACUUGGCUGUAGGAGGUUCUGAUGAAUAUGCACGAGUCUAUGACAUUAGAAAAUGCCAGUGGGAUGAAUCAAGUAAUUUAGACGUACCUGUGAACAUGUUUUGCCCAAAACACCUGAUUGAGACAAGCAACAUCCAUAUCACAGGAUUGGCUUACUCAAACACAAGCGAAUUACUUGUCUCUUACAAUGAUGAGCAUAUAUAUCUGUUUCAGAAGAAUAUGGGGUUGGGUCCCUCACCAUCUUCUGCCCUAGUUGAAGGCAUGCAACUAGAAGAGCCACAAGUGUACCUGGGUCAUAGGAAUUCACAAACAGUUAAAGGAGUGAGUUUCUUUGGUCCUGAUGAUGAUUAUGUCUUGAGUGGGUCUGACUGUGGCCAUAUAUUUAUAUGGAGGAAGAAGGGAGCUAAACUUGUUCGUUUAAUGAGAGGUGACCGACGUGUUGUAAAUCAUCUUGAGCCCCAUCCCUACAUGCCUAUCUUUGCUACAUGUGGAAUUGAAAAUGAUGUAAAGCUGUGGGCCCCUACAGCAACUGAUGGUCCUCCACUUCCGGACAAUGUAGGGAAGAUUAUGGAGUCUAAUAGACAAGGCAGAGAGGAUCAAUCACGGGUAACACUUACCCCUGAUGUUAUCAUGCAUGUAUUGCGAUUACAGAGACGACAAACAGCGGCAUAUAUUGAAAGGAGAUAUAGUAGAGCUGAUAUUGAGAGUGAUGAAGAAAAUGGUGAGGCAUAUGUUUUAGGACUCUCAGAGGCAUCAGAUGGCAAUGCCUCUUUUGAUGAGGGUUCAACCGAAAAUUUGGGGGAGUGCAACAUUAGCUAGAGUUACAGGACUUACUGAUUUCCUUGGUGGCUGUUUGCAGUGGAGUAUAUGUUUCAGUAAUGUAUACCAUAUUGUCAACUGAUUCAGUGCAAUGUAUUCAGAACAGUCUGGUUGAAAAUUGGCAAAUCCAUGGCUGGAAUGAUAUCUACCGUGGUACUUAUCUUCUGUGUAUAAAUAUAAAUAUGAGUAUUUAUUUGUAUGCAUGAUAAUUCAAAUCAGGAACAACUCAACUAGAGAGUUGGAAUACUAAAUGGAUGUUUAGUAGGGGUGUAAUUGUAUAAGCAUAAAGACAAUUUAUUUAUUUAUUUUGACUAA